AUGCCACCACAGCAUCCUUCCCCUGCUUCCAUGCAUCCAUCCUUCCGCGGCUUCCAGAGGUUCCUCUUGGUUCUCCUGGCCUCCCUUUGUUUGCCACCCCACCUGGUCCAGGCAGCCUGGUUUCGGGUUGGAGUGGUGGGACCGUGGGGAUGUGACCCUCUGUUUGCCAAGGCCCUUCCCAGUGUGGCAGCGCAGCUCGCCGUCAACCGCAUCAACAGGGACCCGUCGCUAUCCCGCGCCGCGAUGUUCGACUACACCGUGCUGCAGGAGCCAUGUGAGACAUCGAGGGCACUGGAGGCGUUCCUGGGUUUCCACACCAAGGCCUCGGGGUACAUUGGUCCGGCCAACCCGGGCUACUGUGACGCUGCCUCAAUGCUGAGCAAAGGCUGGAACAAGGCUUUGUUUCCUUGGGGUUGUGUUGGUUACGAGUUGGAUGAUGUUCGGAGCCACCCGACCUUCGCCCGCUCCAUGGUGAGGCCCACUUGGGUGCUGUUCAGCAUCUUGAAUUACUUCAGGUGGGCCCACAUUGGCAUCAUCUCUUCCUCCGAAGGCACUUGGGUGGAGACGGCCACUAAGGUCGCUGAUUCCUUGAGGAGCCAUGGUCUGUCAGUCAGACUGGUCAGUUUCUUGGAGAACACGCCUCACGGCAUCAGACGAACUCUCGCCAAGAUUCGCAAGAUGAGUGAAAUACGCGUUUUGAUCCUGUGCAUGCACUCUGCGCUGAUCGGCGGCGGAGUACAGAAGCUCCUGUUGGAGACGGCAUACGACAUGCAGAUGACUGACGGCUCCCUGGUCUUUGUGCCCUACGACACCUUGCUCUACAGCCUUCCCUACCGCAACGUCACCUACCCGGCUCUGAAGAGCAACAGCAAACUGCUGCGAGCCUACGACGCCGUGCUGACCGUCACCAUCGACUCACCCCAGAUGUCCUUCUACGAGGCCUAUGGAGAAGCCAUGGAGAUGGGGGAGGUGGCGAGGACCCUGAAGCCACAGCAGGUGUCGCCUCUCUUCGGGACUAUCUACAGCUCGGUCCUAUUCAUGGCCCACGCGGUGCAUCGUGUUCGGCAGUCAGGGGAGUGGAUGUCUGGAGGGAACCUGGCGAGACAAACCCACAACCUGGCCUUUCAGGGCUUCAGCCACCCAGUGAAAACCAACAGCUCUGGAGCAGCCUUGCUCGACUACCUCAUACUGGACACAGACGGACUCUCCUGGGAGCUGAAGCCAGCGUACAGGAUCGACAUGGAGGUUGGUAUGGUGCGCUUUCUGGGCCGAGACAUCCACUUCCCUCGAGGCUACGGACCCAGGAAAGACGCCUCCUGCUGGUUUACUCCUGGAGUCAUCUGCUCAGGGGGAGUGGAUCUGUUCACAACCAUCAGGAUGUUUCUCUGGGCGAUCGCCGUCUCUGUGUUUGCUUUGGCACUGAUUUACUGCAUCAGGCGACGCGUCAAUCAGAUUCGACUGGUCAGGGGUCCAAACAAGAUCUUGCUGACUCUGGCAGACGUCACAUUCAUAAACCCGUCGCUUAGCAACAAGAAACUGAGUUUGGACGACAGCAAAGCGAGCGGCAUGAGGAGCACGUCGGACCGCAGCGUCGCCUCACCGGUCUCCACACUAUCCCCGGCCACCUACGAGAACUCCAAUGUUGUCAUAUACGAGGGGGACUGGGCUUGGCUGAAGAGACUUCCUGAUGGGUUGUUCAGCAGAAUCAACCCCAAAACCAGUCAUGUGUUUGAACUGAUGAAAGACAUGCGUCACGAGAACAUCAACCCCUUCCUGGGCUUCUUCCACGACUGUGGCGUGUUUGCCAUUGUGACCGAGUUCUGCUCCAGAGGAAGCCUGGAGGACCUGCUGCUGAACGACGAAGUGAAACUCGACUGGAUGUUCAAGUCCUCUCUGCUGCUGGAUCUCAUCAAGGGUAUGAAGUACCUCCACCACCGCGGAGUGUCCCACACCCGUCUGAAGUCCAGUAACUGUGUGGUGGAUGGCCGCUUUGUUCUGAAGGUCACAGAUUACGGCUACAACGAGGUCCUGGAGUCUGGGAGGUUCCCUUACACCGAACCACCUGCAGAGGAGUUGCUGUGGACAGCUCCAGAGAUCCUGAGGAGCGGGCAGCCAGGGCUUCAUGGGACUCUGCCCGGCGACGUGUUCAGCUUUGCCAUCAUCAUGCAGGAGGUGGUGGUCAGAGGGCCUCCGUACUGCAUGCUGGACCUCUCCGCUACAGACAUCGUAGAGAAGCUCUGUAAGCCACCUCCUCUGUGUCGUCCGGCGGUCAGUCCAGACUACGCCCCAUUUGAGUGCAUCCAGCUGAUGAGACAGUGCUGGAACGAACAGCCGGACAAGAGGCCGAGCUUUGAUGAGAUCUUUGACCAGUUUAAGAACAUCAACAAGGGGAAAAAGACCAACAUCAUAGACUCCAUGCUGAGGAUGCUGGAGCAGUACUCGUCGAACCUGGAGGAGCUGAUCAGAGAGCGGACGGAGGAGCUGGAGAUCGAGAAGCAGAAGACGGAGAAGCUGCUGACACAGAUGCUGCCUCCAUCUGUGGCAGAGGCUUUGAAGGUGGGCGGCACAGUCGAACCGGAGUACUUUGACAGCGUGACACUUUACUUCAGCGACAUUGUCGGGUUCACCACCAUCUCGGCCAACAGCGAACCCAUCGAUGUGGUCAACCUGCUCAACGACCUCUACACGAUCUUCGAUGCCAUCAUAGGAAACCAUGAUGUCUACAAGGUGGAGACCAUCGGCGAUGCUUACAUGGUCGCAUCCGGUGUCCCCGUCCCUAACGGCAACCGCCAUGCUGCAGAGACAGCCAACAUGGCUCUCGACAUCCUCAGCGCUGUGGGAACCUUCAAGAUGAGACACAUGCCUGACGUUCCUGUCAGGAUACGAAUAGGACUGCACACAGGUCCGUGUGUGGCAGGUGUGGUGGGUCUGACGAUGCCUCGCUACUGUCUGUUCGGAGACACCGUGACCACUGCCUCUCGCAUGGAGUCCAGCGGGAUGCCCCACAGGAUCCACGUGCACCAGAGCACCGUGAAGAUCCUGCGGGACCUACAUCUCGGGUACAAGCUGGAAUUGAGAGGCAGGACGGAAGUCAAGGGGAAGGGAAUGGAGGAGACCUUCUGGCUUGUAGGGAGAGAUGGAUUCACCAAACCUCUGCCCGUUCCUCCGGAACUCAAAACUGGGCAAAUGGCCCACGGGCUGCAGAUGGCCGAGAUAGCCCAGUACAAGAAGCUGAAAGCCGAGAAAGAGAAACAGGAACAACUUGCAAAGAAGAAAAACUGACCGCAACGCUGCCUAAGACGACCACGACGACGAUGACAAUGUCAUGAUGUGGCACCACUGACUGACCCAUAGGUCACGAAUUUAGCUGGACUGGACCUUAAGAACUGUGUGUGUGUGUGUCUGUGUGUGUGUGUGUGUGUUAACAGCUUGAGUCCUGUGUGGAUCUAUGUUUAGAGGCGGUGACUCAGCAGAGCAGGGAUCUGCAGAAGCUGUGCCCGUCAGCAGGCGAAGGAACGCCGCUAAUCUCCCACUCACUUCCCCGACUCUCCGUCUGGGGGGGGGGAGGAAGAGAGGAGGAGGGAGACAAACUGUGAUAGCAGGAGGGUAAAGGAGGCAAGAGAAGAUCAUCUUUUCCUUUCACCGCCUUCUCUUUGUUCUGCCUCCGGUUGGUUUGAGGAAAAUACACCAAUCAAAAAUAUUCCAAAAAAUAAUGAGCUUUUUUGUUUGUUUAACUUUUUGGGCAUUAUUUUUUAAAGAGUUAACAGUAGUAUUAUUGUUUUAGUAUAAUAGUGCAGGUGUAUAGACAGUAUGUGAGGGGGAGAGACAGGAGGAGUCAACUUCAACGGCAGGACGACAUCUGAGCUGCAAAUAAUUAUUAUUUAUUGAUCAUUUGGUACGAAAGAUAAUUAUUAUUUUUUCAGUUUUACUGUUUCAUUUUUUUCUCCCUCAUGAUAGAAAAGGUGUCCUGAACGUAGAAAAGAGAUCAUUGUAUUUCAGAUUCUCCUAUCGACAGCAGCUUUGAGUCCGCUUCUUGUUAUUUCUUUCAAUCAAAUUUUAAUAAACUUUUUAAUGCAACGGUGAAGCUGAUUUUAAAAAACAAUCCCACGGCGCCACCUGGUGGUCAAAAACGGAAUAAACUAAGAUUUAGUCAAACUACAGAUGGCAUCCUGGAAGCUCUGCAGGACAGGAUUAUCCUCGCUGAUCCUCAGUGUGUGUGUGUGUGUGUGUGUGUGUGUGUGUGUGUCCAUUUAGAAUCCUAAAACUGACAGACUACCACACCCUCAUUUUUUUUUUACUGUAUAGAUAAUGGACUCACACUCUCACAGGUGUGAGUGUGUUUUAGCAGAGGUUCCCAUCAUGUUGAGUGGGUGUCCCAUUAA